UUCCUGCUGUCCUACCUUGCUAGUGACGGACAGGCUCUUUCCAUCCAGCUGCCUGUGCAGAAGCAGAGUCCUCUGGGCCAGUACUGCACCUUGUGCUCGCCUUUGCUCCUUGCCUCUCCGUGGGAGACGGAAAAGGCUCUAGAGAUGGACCUGUCCUACAGAUCCACUAUGUCCAUCUAUAAGAGUAUCCUGGAGCGGUCCAACCCUGCACUGGAGAACCUGGUGUACCUGGGGAACAAAUACCUGCGUGCCUUCCAUGCAUUAUCCAACGCGGCUGAAGUGUAUUUUAAGGCGAUCGAGAAGAUUGGGGAGCAAGCACUGCAGAGCUCCACCUCCCACGUGCUGGGUGAAAUUCUAAUGCAGAUGUCCAACACGCAGAGACUCCUGAGCUCUGAUCUGGAAGUCGUGGCUCAGACCUUCCAUGUGGACCUGCUACAGCACAUGGAGAAGAACACCAAACUGGAUGUGCAGUUCAUCAGUGAAAGCCAGAAGCAGUACGAGCUGGAGUACCAGCGCAGAGCCACCAACCUGGAUAAGUGCAUGGGAGAGCUGUGGAGAAUGGAGAGGGCCCGUGAUAAAAACGUUCGGGAGAUGAAGGAGAAUGUGAUGCGACUGCGCUCGGAGAUGCAGGCGUUCAUCUCUGACAGCCAGAGGGAGGCUGAGCUGGAGGAGAAGCGCCGCUACCGUUUCCUGGCUGAAAAACACCAGAUGCUCUACAACACCCUCCUGCAGUUUUACAGCAGGGCGCGGGGUGUGAUCCAGACAAAGGUGCCGCAGUGGAAGGAGCAGCUGGAAGCCAGCCCCAGCCCCUCGGACAGGCCCCAGAGACCCCUUGGGGACUUCACUUCUCCCGUGACUGGAAAUAGGUCCAGCACCUUCUCUCCAGAGCCUCCAGAAAUGAGAUUGUCUCCUCAACCAGAGCCCCUCAGGCGGCCGCUGCGGAGGACACCAUCAGCCAGUUUGCUCCCUACUGGCCGUACCUCCCGGUCGGGUUCGUUUGGCGAGGCUGGCAGCGGCAGCGAAGGCAGGAGGAGUAGUGGCACGACGAGAGUGCAGGCUAUCGUGUCCCACGUGACGGGUACCAACCGGACCCUGCUGCGGUUUGACCCUGGGGAUGUCAUCACGGUGCUGAUGCCGGACGCACAGAAUGGCUGGCUGUACGGCAAGCUGGAGGGCUCAUCCACAUGUGGCUGGUUCCCCGAAGCUUAUGUCAAGCCUCUGGAGGAUGUGAGAGAGAUGGAGGAGCCACCCACCAGGUCCUUCCCACUGCGAAGCAGUCACAGUAUGGAUGACAUCCUAGACCGUCCCAGCACUCCUUCCUCUAGCAAUUAUUGGCCUGCUGCUGCCCAGCCCAGUUUGCCGAACCCACCUCCCCUCUCAGUGGGUGCCAGCAGUCAACAGAGUGGAGUGGCCACCCUAGUCAGUUCUGGCUCCAAGAAAUCAGGAGUAUUUGAGCAGCCCCCUGAACUCUUCCCACGAGGUACCAACCCCUUUGCCACCGUCAAGCUGCGUCCCACGGUCACCAAUGACCGCUCAGCACCCAUCAUCCGAUGA